CUUGUUCACAGCUUUAGUAUCACAACUUCCUGUUAAAGUGUAUCGACACAGAUCCGGAGAGGCUCAGAGCUGCAGACAACGUAGUUUUUAGGUGUUUGAAGCUGACCCCAUUUGAUUGACAUGUCGAACCCAGUCAUCACCCACCAGCCAGGAGCAGGCUCUUAUGGGACAAAUGUGCAGACGGGCGAGUGGAGCACUGGGCUGUGCUCCUGCUGCAGUGACAUCCUAGUCUGUGCUUUGGGCUUCAUCUGCCCACCAGCAUUGAGUUGCUACACAGCUAACAAGUAUGGUGAGAACCCAUGCCUGGGCUGUGUUCCAGGAGGCAUGACAGCCAUGAGGACCCACAUGAGAUUGACCUAUGGGAUUCAGGGGACGAUAUGCAAUGAUGCGUUGAUGACCUGUUGCUGUGGAUUCUUUGAGAUGUGCAGGAUGGCCCGUGAAAUUCGCAUCAGGAAUGGGGACGUUUGACUUGUACAGUCAAUUGAAGACAUUUUCAAGUGGAAGUUAAAUUAAUCUCAUGUCACAUAUUGUUGAUACAAAUUGUAAUGUACUUUUGUUUUGUUUAAAUUUGACCCCCUACCCCCAAACAGUCCUGCUCUAAGAAUUCAUAGCACCAUGUAUGAACAUAAGAUGUGGUCCUCUGUAGCUCAGCUGGUAGAGCACGGCGCUUGAAACGCCAAGGUAGUGGGUUCGAUCCCCGGGACCACCCAUACACAAAAAUGUAUGCACGCAUGACUGUAAGUCGCUUUGUAUAAAAGCGUCUGCUAAAUGGCAUAUUAUUAUUAUUAUUAUUAUGUACAAUAAAGUUCUGUUUUUUCUUGUC